AAUGGUGUGUAGUUAUGCAAAUGGUUAAAGAUUACACUGUUGAUCUUCCUAGAAUCUUUCUAUAUCCUGUAGUUCAGUUGCUGUGGGGUGGAUUCCUACUUAGACUGGUCUAAAAACAUGCACUUCAACGCAUCUGACCAGAACCCCAGUCUGGAGGCCUACGGAGUGCCCUUCUCCUGCUGCAUACAGCUAAAGAAUGAGACUGUGUUCAACUCUAUGUGUGGCUAUGAGACCCAGAAGAUGAAGAAUAGUGUGGUGAGUCGGCUCAUCUACACCACUGGAUGUCUGGAUGAGAUCGUCUGGUGGGGAAAACAGAAUCUUCUGCUGAUAUGUAUGAUGUCACUGUCUUCAGUACAGCUCUGCCAAAUCAGAAGCGUUCAACAGAAGAAGAGGAAACGUAACCCUUUGCUACAACAGAAAGUUUUGACUGGUUUCAUACGCUCGCCCUUCACCGUGUGCAGGCACUGGAACUCGAUGCAUUGCACUUGGAAUACCAAGUUAUAA